AUGUAUUUCGUUGUUGCAAACCAGAGGAGGGAGCUUGGCGUAUGCGAUGAAUGUUUUGGAAAGAGUGAGGAAGAAAAGGGCGGUGGCUGUCAGGGACGCGAGCUUGCUUGCCGGAAUAUGUUACAUUUGCCAGAAGGACAGAAACGGGAUGCUAGGGAUCGUGCGCUGGCAGUGGAUGGCUUGACUACAGAAGGUAUUGAAAGGGAGAAUUUUCAUCUUGAAAAGACCUCAUACGGUAUUGGGGAUCGGAAUAUCAGAGACUGGUGUUAUGGGUACGACAUCCGAAAAGAGAUUGCCGCAGCAUGGUAG